CUCAGGUGCUCAGGCUCUUCACAGCAACUGCAGAUGAACUUUUCGGCCCUAUUACGGUUGUUCGCAAGAAUGGAAAAGUCGCCAAGAAGAUUCCAUGGACGGCGUUUAUGAUUCAAGAGGAGGACUGGACUCGAGUCCAGCUGUGCGCCGAUAUUCUCAUGGAUGCAAACAAGUACCAGCAGCAUUUUUCAUCCGACCAGAUUCCCACCCUCCAUCGUGCGAUCCCUGCACUGGAGAACUUGUGUGCGCGGUGGGAGAAGAAGGCUGACGACAGGCGCUACGAGAAAUUCCACUCUGCGCUUCGUGACGGCGUCGAUAAACUAAGCAAGUAUUACUGGAAGCUUGAUGACUCACGUGCAUAUAUUCUUGCCCUUCUUCUUCAUCCCUACUAUAAGUCGGACUACAUACAGAUGAAAUGGGGCGGUAAGAAGGAGCAAGAGGAGGCGAUCAAGGCCGGGAACUUUGACGCGAUCAACUGGCAAGAACAUGCUGAGGAAAUCAUUGAGAAAGCGCCAUUGUAG